GUCUCCGGGGUGGCGGCGGGCUCUCGGAGGCCCAAUGUGGUGCUGCUUCUCACCGAUGACCAGGACGAAGUGCUCGGCGGCAUGACACCACUGAAGAAAACCAAGGCUCUCAUAGGAGAGAUGGGGAUGACUUUCUCCAGUGCUUAUGUGCCAAGUGCACUCUGCUGCCCCAGCAGAGCUAGUAUCCUGACAGGGAAGUACCCACAUAAUCAUCACGUUGUUAACAACACAUUAGAGGGAAACUGCAGUAGUAAAUCUUGGCAGAAGAUUCAAGAACCAAAUACUUUCCCAGCAAUUCUCAGAUCGAUGUGUGGUUAUCAGACCUUUUUUGCAGGGAAGUAUUUAAAUGAGUAUGGAGCCCCAGAUGCAGGUGGACUAGAACACGUUCCUCUGGGCUGGAGUUACUGGUAUGCUCUGGAAAAGAAUUCUAAGUAUUAUAAUUACACCCUUUCUAUCAAUGGAAAGGCACGGAAACAUGGUGAGAACUACAGUGUGGACUACCUGACAGAUGUUUUGGCCAAUGUCUCCUUGGACUUCCUGGACUACAAGUCCAACUUCGAGCCCUUCUUCAUGAUGAUCUCCACUCCAGCACCUCAUUCGCCGUGGACAGCUGCACCUCAGUACCAGAAGACUUUCCAGAAUGUCUUCGCACCAAGAAACAAGAACUUCAACAUCCACGGAACGAACAAGCACUGGUUAAUCAGGCAAGCCAAGACUCCAAUGACUAAUUCUUCAAUACAGUUUCUAGACAAUGCGUUUAGGAAAAGGUGGCAGACUUUGCUCUCAGUUGAUGACCUUGUAGAGAAAUUGAUCAAGAGGUUGGAGUUCACUGGGGAGCUCAACAACACUUACAUCUUUUAUACUUCAGACAAUGGCUAUCACACAGGACAGUUUUCUUUGCCGAUAGACAAAAGGCAGCUGUAUGAGUUUGAUAUCAAAGUUCCAUUGUUGGUUCGUGGGCCUGGGAUCAAACCGAAUCAGACAAGCAAGAUGCUUGUUGCCAACAUUGACUUGGGUCCUACUAUUUUGGACAUCGCUGGCUAUGACCUGAAUAAGACACAGAUGGAUGGGAUGUCCUUAUUGCCCAUUUUGAGAGGUGCCAGUAAUUUGACCUGGAGAUCAGAUGUCCUGGUGGAAUAUCAAGGAGAAGGCCGUAACGUCACAGACCCGACAUGUCCCUCCCUGAGUCCUGGAGUAUCUCAAUGUUUCCCAGACUGUGUAUGUGAAGAUGCUUACAAUAACACCUAUGCUUGUGUGAGGACCAUGUCCGCUCUGUGGAACUUACAGUACUGCGAGUUCGAUGACCAAGAGGUGUUCGUAGAAGUGUAUAAUCUGACUGCAGACCCAGACCAAAUCACUAACAUUGCUAAAAGCAUAGACCCAGAGCUUUUAGGAAAGAUGAAUUAUCGGCUAAUGAUGUUGCAGUCCUGUUCGGGGCCAACCUGUCGCACUCCAGGGGUUUUUGACCCCGGAUACAGGUUUGAUCCUCGUCUCAUGUUCAGCAAUCAUGGCAUUGUCAGGACUCGAAGGUUUUCCAAGCACCUCCUUUAGUGACUGCACCAGCUUCUGCAGUUGGAUCCCUGCACGCCUCUUUCCGAUGGAGUGAUUGUAGUAGGUGUCUGUAGCUAGUCUUCAAGACCACUCCUGGAAGAGCUUCUGGACUGGCUUUAAGUCCUGUUUUAAAAAGCAGCCCAGGCAGCUGACUUCCUUGUGCAGUGUGUGAGACUGUGAACUCUGCCCAGAUGUCAAGAGUGCUGUCCCCGGUGGCGGGCAGCGUUUCCCUUCAGCGGAUCAGAAGCACUCUUGAGGUCUUUGUUCUAACCAUAUCCUUUCUGUCCUGGGGCCACAGUUCUUGAUAUUCCAUAUGGUCAGAGUCUGAAUUUAUAAAUCCAUUCGGAUAAUGGCAAUGCUUUAGAACAAAAAAUGAAAAAAAUCAAAAACCCCACAGACCUUUUUGGUAUGUAGCUUGACCUAAAAUCAAAGGACCUGCAUAGCAUCUCAGAUCAAGCACUUCACUAUCCAGAUCCUAACAUCACAUUGCUUGGAGAGUAACCCUGAGAACUGACCCGUCUGCUUCAGAACAAGUACCACUGAUUUUAGAUAAGUAAGGAGAUACUGUUUAUAAUGCCCAACACAGUGAUAAGGUGGCAAAUCCCGACCAUGUCAGUGAAGCUCCAUUUUUUUGUUUGUUUGGUUUUUGUUUUGUUUUGUUUUGUUUUUACAAUUCUAAGUUGGUGCUGCACUGAAAUAGCAGGCAGCUUGUGGGAAGGCCGAGUCCAGCUAGCUCUCGUCGGUGAUCGCUGUCUAGGUCCCAGUGGCUGCUAACCACAGGGAGUGCCAGGUAACACUAGCAGCUUUGAAGUAUCUCUGCUCUGGAGACUUUCCCCUCUGAGAUCUGAAAAAUAAAGUGGCUUAGGUAUGUCACUGGGGAAAAAGACCUGCUAAGGGUUGAUAAGGGCUGUGUUUUCUGAGGACUUUCUGUAGAUGGGGCUCUUGAGUUGACAGUAUGAAGGGCUGUACUGGGGAUGAAUGAAGUAAGUGCCUGUCCAGAGAGGAGCCCGAGUUUCAGUUCCAUGCAUGAAAGUCCUUUUGACCCUACCUGUGUUCUGCUGCUGUUGUGUUUCAUUUUGUUUUUGAUGUAAAGCUGUCUUAGAGUUAGUAUAGAGUAUCAACUACUGUAUCCUGCCGCCUUCUCCCUCUGCAGACAGGUUCUUCCUAAAUUUUUGGAGACUUGUAUAAUUAGGACCCUGUUCAGUAUUGCCCUGUCAAAAUCAGAUUGGUUUAGGUGUCCUCACUGUGUAGGCAGAAGAGUUUUGUGUUCCUUGACUUGAAGACCAAUUCCAUGUCUCAUAUUUUCUUUGCAGUAAGGCUAAAUGGUGGUGGGACAGUGGUGAGGGAGAAGAACUGUGGUUUGUAACCCGUUCAACUCAGGCACUAAGUGAUUUUAGCUUUAUUUAAGGUCUUCUGUCAGGCUUUAAGCACUUUCUAAGACAUGGCUGCAAGUAACUUUUCUAUCCGAGUUCCAGAUCGCCAUGUUAGGUUAAUAGCCAUUGGGUUUCCUCCUUUACCUCACGUGACCACAGCAACUGUGGUGGUACCUAGAGGUGAAAAGGCAAAUGAAAUGAGCACCUCUACUAUGAAUGUUUUAAAGAAAGAAAUUCUAAGAAUUUUGUAACUAAAAGCAACCUACAUUGUUGAAUAUGGUUAUCAUUGGCUUUAUUCUCCACGUUGAUUCUUGACAUUAUCAGUCAGCUUCCACAUUAAUGAAGGUUGACCUUAGUUAUUCCCAAAUAAAAAGAAACCAACUCUUACCAGG